AUGGCCAUCAUCGACAAGAAAAUUUACGAGCAGACGCCUAAGGAGGCGAUUUCGUGGAAGAUCUUAUGUUACUCGAUCAUCCUCUCCUUCUCCGGGUCAGCUCAUGGCUUCAACACGGCCAACAUCUCGGGCGUCCUCGCCUUCUCGCCCUUCAAGAAACACUUCGAGCUCAACGGCAUGUCGGAGGAGUCACUCGCUGACUGGAAGGCCUGGAUCACCUCCAUGUUGAUUCUCGGCUCCUGCGUCGGCUCCCUCAUCAUCGCUCCCGUCAACGACAAACUCGGCAGGAGAUGGUCUCUCGGCCUCUCGGCCUUCGUCUACUCCAUCUCGGCCGUCUUGAUGAGCGCAAACCCGGGCGGUUCUGGUGGCAGGGCGGAACUUCUCGUAGGCAGGUUCCUGUCAGGAGCAGGUUCUGGCGCAGCGAGUGUCGUUGGCACCAACUACAUGGCCGAGAUCGCACCCAGCGCCAUCCGAGGCGGUUUGACGGCUUCGUACAAUGCCAACACCAUGCUUUCUGUUGGCUUGGCGUACUGGAUCAACUACGGCGCUCUUCUCAAUCUUGGGGGCUCCGACAAGCAGUGGCAGGUGCCCAUGGGAGUUCAAGCUUUGCCUGGAGUCAUCCUCAUCGUCGGUCUGUUCUUCGUGCCUGAGUCGCCACGAUGGCUCCUUAGCAAGGGAAAAUCGGAAGCCGCCGAGAAGGCUCUGGAGGACCUGAGGUCACUUCCCCGCGACCACGCAUAUCUUCGACAAGAGCUGUACGACAUGCGUGCCGGUAUCGAGCAUGAGCUUGCUCUAGCCACUGGGUGGAGAGGCUUUCUGAAAGAAAUGACUUCCCCUGACAUUCGAAAGCGUCUCGCUUUGGUCUUGACGAUGCAAGUCGGCUUUCAGUUCUCAGGAGGAAACAUUCUGACCUACUACAUGAACUCUAUCUUGGAGUCUAUCGGCAUCACAUCGCAGUCCUUCAACUACCUCUUUUCCGGUAUCUAUGGCCUAGUCAAGUUCUUUUCCGUCCUACUAUACUGCCUCUUCAUCAUCGACAGGCUCGGACGUCGCACAGGACUAUUCGUCGGAUCAGGUCUCAUCCUAGUAUCUCUGACCUAUCUCACCGCAUUCCUCGGAGUUUCAGACACGUCUGGAGAGAUUUCGAAAGUCGGCGGCAUCGUAGCCGUGGUCUUCAUCUACGUCUUCGCCGUCGGGUACAGCUUCUCCUGGGCCGUCGCACCGUACGUCAUCAACGCCGAAGCCUUCCCGACCCGAAUCCGCUCCACCUGUAUGGCCAUCUGCAUAGCCUGGCAGUAUUUGGUCAACUUCGCCUUAUCCAGAGCUCAGCCGAACAUGGUCCUUGCCAUGCACUCCUGGGGCCCCUUUUGCCUCUUCGCUUGUGUCACCCUGUGCAUGACGGUGUACGCCUACUUUGCGUACCCCGAGACCAAGGGGCUGUCGAUGGAUCACAUGGAUGAGCUCUUCACUAUGCCGUGGUAUCGCGUUGGCAGAGCGAGCACCAAGGUUAUCAUUGCUGUGAACGCGCAGCCUACACUGGACGAGAAGGAGAGAGAGGGCAAGGUCGAGCAGGCUGAGCACGCUUAA